AUGAAGAUGAUUAUGAACCAGAAGAUGAUGAAAAAACUGAAUCAGAAGAUGAAGAAGAGUCUGAAUCAGAAGUUGAAGAAAAGGAUGAAUCAGAAGAAGAAGAAAAGAUCAGGAAAAGAAGAAACAAAUAAGACAAAACCUCGUCUAAAGAAGAAAAUGAAGAAGGAGAAAACUAGAAAAAAAAACGUGAAAGAAGGUAGAAGAAGGAAAAAGCAUAAAACAGAUAAAGAAGUGGAGGAAGUUGUGGUUGUAGAUGAUGAUGAAAGUGAUGAAGUUGAAGAGGAUAUGUUACUGUUGCAGAGAGAUUCAGCUCUAUUUUCAUUGUUACAUGCUAAAAGGGUGAACUCUAUAACAGAUAGGCUAAAAAAAGCUAAAACAGGUCCAUCGACAUCAAAAGGAUCUCCAUUAGUUUCUCAAACUCAGAAACUUUUAGAAGACCCUAGGAUUCAAAGAGCUCCAGAUGAAGUUGUUAAGAUCUAUGAUGAUUUGAAGGAUGUUUCAAAUGUUUUCUAUUCUACUUGGGAAGAGCAAAAUAGGAAGGAAAACCCUGAAAAGAAUGUUCAAGAUCAUGUUGAUGAUCAUAUUGAUGAUCAUAUCAAUGAAGAGAUCAAUGAAGGGCAGACAGUUGAUGCAGAAGCAGAAAAGGAAAGGGAUGUUACUAAGGAAGUAGCCACAGUUCUUAGUAACAUUCAAGAGGAGUUAGCUGCAGAAGGGGCUGAUAAUCUAAGGUGUUUACAUGGGAACAUGGGUAAGGAACAGGAACUAGUUCCUGAGAAUGAGGAACUCAAAGAGUACAAAAGAUUGAAGCACCUUAUGGUUACAACACUUCUUCAAAUGCUUCUCAACAAAGAAAACCAUAUGGAAUCUAAAUUGCUUGCAAAUGUGAAGGAAUGGGAAUCUAAGAAAACAGAAAACUCUGAUUCAUGUGAAGAUAUGCUGAUUGAGGACUGUUACAUUAGUGUGGGGGAUGAUGGAAUAGCAAUAAAGAGUGGUUGGGAUCAAUAUGGCACUGCUUAUGGUUUCGUUUAUGAGAUGCUGGAAUUUGGAAAGUUGAUGUUCAACACACUAAGACUGGAUUAUGAAGAGCGAUUUCUCAUGAUCCACAAGGAGCAGAUUGAGAAGGGUGAUUGA